AUGGAUCUUAGCAAAGUCCUACCAAGCAGCUCAGAUCCAGAGCAUCAACACACCGAGCCAAAGGGAGAUCCCAACAUCAAACUAGGUCAACCUUCCAGUACAUUGAAUGCAUGCAAACAAUCUUUGAGCUUUCCAGAAUUGUACAGUCGCUACUACGGCAUUACAUUCACUUCUGAGAAUGCUACAUAUGGCGGCCUACUUUGGAUCAAGGGAAAGCCUGCCUCAGGAAAAUCCACUCUGAUGCGAUAUGUUGUCAAGAACCUGGAACCUACAGGCGAACGGACAGGAAGUCAGCACGGAAGUACCAGCAACCAGAACGAAGACUUAGAUGGAAAGAAUCAAGAAAUUAAAGGAAGCAUCACCCUUUCGUUUUUUGCUCAUGGCCAUGGCUCUUCACUGCAAAGGACGAUGCUUGGCUUUUACCGAACAGUUCUCUUUCAACUCCUCGAGGAGCAAUCAAUCCGUGAAGAGAAAAUUAAAGCGCUGUCAAACCUUGAAGAACUUUUCAAGCGCCAAUGCGAUUCUAGAGGACCGCCAGGGGACGGUUGGCAAUGGGAGCUGUCACAACUAGCCCAACACUUUCAGCUUGUACUCACCGAGGUCUUAAAGGACCACCUGGUGUAUCUGUACGUUGACGCGUUGGAUGAAUGCGGCGAAGAUACUGCCAGACGCCUAGCAGAGACCUUUGAGAAAAUGAUACAACAAGCUCCCUUCAGACGAUAUGAGAGAACGAUCGACUCAUCCACUGGCGAAGAGAGAGAAGAAUCCGUUGGCAGAAGACUUCAUAUCUGCUGUAGUUGUCGAAAUUAUCCGUUGUUGAUCAAAGCAACGGAGAAGAAUACCGUUCAUAUAUGUGUUGAGCACCAUAAUAAACACAGUAUCCAAUCUUAUGUUUGGUCUCAUCUUGAUGAAAGUUUCAACGCAGAUAUUUCGAGAACAAUUAUCGAUCGUUCUGAUGGUGUUUUCAUGUGGGUGUAUCUCGUGGUAGAGCGUGUGAAGACUCUAUACUCAAAAGGAUAUUCCAAAAGAGAAAUUGAAGGCAGUAUAGAUAAAACUCCUCGGGACUUGGAGAAGUUGUACGAAGAUCUCUUGCAAAGCAUGCUCGGCAAUAAGGACUCACUACGACUGGUUUAUUGGGUCUCUUACGCUAUGUUGAGUUCGGAGGAACUGCGUUGGGUCUUGUUUCUUGAGGCCAAUCCAUCGGUCAAGUCGUUGGAAGACUACAAAAAGGCUCGUACUUUAACAUGUUAUUGUGUCGAUCUCAAAGGAAAAUGUACCUGCAAUAUGAUGGAAAGAAGAAUACAGAGUAUGGGCUAUGGCUUCGUCGAAAUUAGAGAAUCGAACGGCAAGGAGGUUGUGCAAUUUGUUCAUCAGUCCGUCUACGAAUUCUUUCUCGAGAACGAUGCCUUGCUGAGACUAUACAACAGUACAUCAACCCCAAAUCUCAAAAACCACCACCAAGUCGUCAAGAAAGUGAAGAAAUUGAUGGCUGAAACACGUGCCAGAUACAACAGAAUGAUGGAACUUGUUGGACGCAACUCGUCGCUUAGUCUCACAGACGGAGUAUGGGAGUAG